AUGACGCCAGGAGACGACAAAGGAACAAAGACCUGCAAGGUUCAGCAGGCACCAGCCCAGGGUUCAGCAGGCAACAGCCCAAGGUUCAGCAGGCACCAGCCCAAGGUUCAGCAGGCACCAGCCCAAGGUUCAGCAGGCACCAGCCCAAGGUUCAGCAGGCACCAGCCCAAGGUUCAGCAGGCACCAGCCCAAGGUUCAGCAGGCACCAGCCCAAGGUUCAGCAGGCACCAGCCCAAGGUUCAGCAGGCACCAGUCCAAGGUUCAGCAGGCACCAGCCCAAGGUUCAGCAGGCACCAGUCCAAGGUUCAGCAGGCACCAGUCCAAGGUUCAGCAGGCACCAGUCCAAGGUUCAGCAGGCACCAGCCCAAGGUUCAGCAGGCAACAGCCCAAGGUUCAGCAGGCAACAGCCCAAGGUUCAGCAGGCAACAGCCCAAGGUUCAGCAGGCACCAGCCCAAGGUUCAGCAGGCACCAGUCCAAGGUUCAGCAGGCACCAGUCCAAGGUUCAGCAGGCACCAGUCCAAGGUUCAGCAGGCACCAGCCCAAGGUUCAGCAGGCACCAGCCCAAGGUUCAGCAGGCACCAGCCCAAGGUUCAGCAGGCAACAGCCCAAGGUUCAGCAGGCACCAGCCCAAGGUUCAGCAGGCACCAGCCCAAGGUUCAGCAGGCAACAGCCCAAGGUUCAGCAGGCAACAGCCCAAGGUUCAGCAGGCACCAGUCCAAGGUUCAGCAGGCACCAGCCCAAGGUUCAGCAGGCACCAGCCCAAGGUUCAGCAGGCAACAGCCCAAGGUUCAGCAGGCAACAAUCAAAAAGGAGAGCGUAAUCGACCACAAAAGAAGUACAGGACACACACGCGAGCAACAGUCACGCGGGAGCAGGGAACGAGUACUCAAGAAUUAGAAGAUAAACACUACGAUAGUUACGCCAUUUAA